AUGGAAGCUAACUGCAAAAGAGUUGUUGAAACCAUUGCACCUCAGCAAGAGUCGCAUAAUGUUACAGAGCCUAUUGGCCCAUUAUCUCUUCAUUAUGAAGGAAUAAGUGGGCUACUCAAAACACGAAGGCCAUAUAUCCAAUAUGCCUUUGAAAAGGGAUUGUUCACCAAAGAAUCACAGGACAUUAUCAAGCAAUAUCUACGCUUCAACUUAAAUGAAAAUCAUGAUGACGAUGAAAGUGAUUGUAUCAAUGCUGAUGAGAUAAAUGAUGAUGAUCAAGAUUCUCACAGCAGCGUUGAUGGUGAUGCUGAAGACAGCGGAUUGGGUAUUGUCUUAGCUGAGAUGAGACUAUUUAUCGUUUCACAUUUCCUGAUCUAUCUUUCUGUGAUCCAAUACUCAGACUGUGGAAGUGUCACAUGGUAUGAACCUCUACCGGUUAAGACAGUAUCGAGUGCAGGCGAUGACCCAACUCCAGCAAAGGUAAAGCUUUUUGAAGGAUAUCCUGCAUCUCUAAGCUGGAACUUCAGUUUGACGUCAGUGACUCUUUUUGCGGUGAAUGUAAAGUUUAACGCUGAAAGUCUCGCAUUAAGUGGACCGGGAGGAUCAGGUGCAAAGGUGGCGCCUGCCUUUGAGGAUAAGUUCAAUUUCACUUGGAUUUCCCAACGACUCACUUUGGUUAUCUUCAGUGUGACUGCUGCAUAUGAUGAAAGUAACGGGGAAUUUAGCUGUCAGUUGUUUACUCUGGAAGGAGGGUGGGUCCGUAAGAUUCAAGUGAAAAUUGUUGAGGUGGAUGGUGGCUGGAGUGAGUGGAACUCCUGGAGUAACUGUACAAAGGCAGUUGGUGGUAUACAAACAAGAAAGAGAGAAUGCACCAAUCCGGAACCAGCAUAUGGUGGGAAACACUGCAAUGGGACCGGUGCACUUCUGAGAGGAUGUAGCAACAUGUCCAGUUGCCUUGAAGUUUUUCGAUAA